AUGAUCGUUCGUGCCUUCAUCCCCUGGGUUCUCAUUUUCAUUUCAACCGAGAUAUUCACUUGCUACAGACUAAAUCACCUGACCCGCACGGGGGACUUCCUCGUCUGUAAUAAGGGGGAAAGAAAAAGGCCCAGAGGAAUUAGAAUUAGGGUUACCAAUAACCUAACAAGGGGCAGUGAGGACAUAGCCAAUUAUGCCGAUAUCGAAAGGAAAGUAAAGUGCAGAAUUGGGGUGGAAAUCCAUGUGCAGCUGAGCACAAAAUAUAAAGCCUUCUGUAACUGCUUUAAUGUCGCUUCUUCACAUAACGAUAAAACGUAUGAGAGGAAUUAUAUCGAUUUGUGCAAUUUCUUAAAAGAUAACAUUUUGAAGACAAGAAAUGAGGCAGCAUAUUUGAAUUCACUAGGAGAGGGAAUACCUCCGGGGAAUGAUGUAGGGGGGGGAAUUUCCGCAGAGACGAAGCAAUGCAUUAGUGAAGACCCUAUGUAUUCCAUUAAUAGGCCAAACAAACACAUAUGCAACAGGUGUGUAGGCGAGGUGGGCUCCCUGAGUUUACUGAAUAGCACAGCUGUCUUGUUCACAUACCUAAUUAGUAUUAUUCUUAAUUGCAACCUAAACAAUAUUAUCACCUUUGAUAGAAAAAUUUAUAAUUAUUAUGAUUUGCCAAAAGGUUAUCAGAUUACGCAAAAGGAAACGCCUAUUGGUUUCGAUGGUAACAUUUCUGCAAAGGGAAAGAAUUUUCGCAUAAAGAGCGUCCACCUAGAAGAAGACACGAGCAAGUGUUUCUUACUUCCACGAAGUGUGAAUAUGCUGGACUGGGGGGGUGCCCCUCCGAAAAGUAGCAGCGAUGGGGAAGAAACCGCAUUUAGGAUGGACAAGGCCAUUUUGAACCCUAACAAUGGUGGUGGCGCCAGGGAGAAGGAGAGGGGGGACAUAAAUGGUGAAGGGUGCAACAGCGACGCUGACGAACCGGUCUCUGAUAAUUGUAACCCAGACGAUUACCCAUCAAAUAAUCCUAACGAAGUAAAUCAUCUGAACAAGAAAAUAUUACUAGAUUAUAACCGCUGCGGAAUCCCGUUAGCCGAAAUCGUAGUAGAAGAUGACUACAUGAACACAGAAGAGUGCAUUAACCUACUGAAGGAGAUAAAAAAUAAAGUGUGCCUACUCGGGGUAUGCGUGGGGAAUAAGGAAAAUAUCAGGUCAGACAUUAACAUAUCUUUUGAAUACGAUAAUGUGAAGUACAGCCGAGUUGAAAUCAAAAAUGUUAACAGCUUCAGAAAAAUUAAGAGUUGCAUAGAGCAGGAGAAGAAAAAUUUUAUUAAUGGAAUUCUCACAAAGGGGAUGGAAAAAAACUACCACACAAAGUCGAACGAAAUGUAUACAAAAAGCUACCUAGACAGUACGCACUACGUUGUCAGGAAAAAGGAAGUAUAUAAUUAUGUGCACGAAAGGAACAUCCCGCAAUAUAAGCUUAGUAAACGUAUUAUAAAGCUGCUACAAUUUUAUGUUAAUUAUAAAAUAAAAAUAUACGAGGAUGAAGUGAAGUAUAACUGGUCCAAGCAAUAUUUUCAUGUCUUUCUGAAUGAUCCCUUUUUGUAUAACUAUUUUAAUGAAUGCAUAAAAUUUGAGGAAGAAAAAUAUGUGUCCAAUUUUAUAGUUAAUAUACUCCUUGAUGUCCUAAAAAAGAAAAAUAUGCUUUCCAAAAAUAUCUUAAUAAAGCCGAAAAACUUGUGCUUCCUCAUUAACUAUGCUAUUAAGAACAACUUAGACAACACCUCUUUGAAGGCAUUCCUCUCUAACUAUGUGGAUGUAGGAUUCGAAAAUGAGAUUCUCCUCGAAACAUUUAAACACGUGAACGUUGUAGAAAUGGAGCAAAAUUUGAAAAAACUGAUUGACGAUAAUAUACACCAUUUAAAAUUCGAUGGGGAAAAAACUGUCCUCAAUGAGCAAAACUUUAAGAACAGAAUUAUAGGCCUUUUGAAAAGUCAAAUCAGUCAACGUGAUUCGCAGAUGCACAUCAACUACAAGUCGGCGAGCGCAUUCAUUGACGACUACGUAAGGAGGUUGAUUUAA